AUGCGCCUGGCAAGCUCGACACUGGCUGCGCUGGCCUUAGGUCAGUCAGUACUAGCGAAAUUCGAACUACUUUCCACCAAUGCUCGCUUCAUCGUUGAUACAGAUGGCGGACUCGUCUUCGAGGUCAACAGAGCCAACGGCGACAUCACUGGUCUCAAAUACAACGGAGUCGAGUACCAAGGCACUGGCAAGGCUUCCGCCAUCAAUUCAGGCCUAGGUAGCUCAACUACCAAAGCCGAAGAGAUCAACGGGUACAUCAAAAUCACAGUGCAGGCAAAAUCUCUUCCGCUCACGCACUAUUAUGUCGCAAAGCCAAAGGACCCAAUCAUCUACAUGGCGACGUACAUCACGGGCGAAAUUGAUCCAGGCGAGCUGCGCUGGCUGGCACGCUUAAAGACAUCUGAACUUCCAACCGGAGUGCAUGGCGAUGUGGGCGAUACACGGGGUUGUGAAGCUUUUGAAGGAAAGGACACAUUCAAAUGUCCCAAUGGGCAGACCAGAUGCAAGAUGUAUACAAGCGAUCGAUUCAUUGAGGACAUCGUUCACGGGGUUUCUGGACCGAAAGCUUCCGUCUGGAUGAUUAUGUCAGGCACUGCCUAUGAGACUUCUGCAAGUGGGCCGUUCAUGCGCGACAUUAACAGUCAGACCGGAAGCAGUGAUCAGGAGCUGUACUGGUACAUGAAUAGCGGACAUGUGCGUACAGAGCCCUGGCGCUUUGGUCUUCAAGGACCAUAUGCGAUGGCUUUCACUGCUCCAAAUUCCAAACCAUCGGAAAGUCUUGAUACAUCCUUCUUUGAAAAGCUCAGCAUCCAAGGCUACGUUCCCGCGAGUGGCCGCGGUUCCGUGUCUGGAAAAGCGACGGGGGUUCCGGAGAAGUUCGAGACGGUGAUUCACUGGCACAAUACCGGUGCUCAGUACUGGGCGAAAGCAAGCGCAGAUGGAACCUACAAGUCGCCGCUAAUGAAGCCUGGCGCCUACGAUAUGAAACUCUAUAAAGGCGAAUACUUGGUCGCGAACGACUCCGUCUCAGUUACUGCCGGGCAGACAUCGUCGAAAAAUAUCGCAUCCAAGGAGUCAAAUCCGAGUGUUAUUUGGCGCAUCGGUGAAUUUGAUGGGCAGCCGUUUGAACUGAAGAAUGGCGAUAAGAUUACUAGAAUGCACCCUAGCGACGUCCGAAUGGGAAGUUGGGGCGGCACCUUCACAGUUGGCUCCUCGCAAGCAAAGGACUUUCCGAUGACGCUAUGGUCCAAGGAAGGUGGCACUGCGACAGUAACAUUCACCUUGACCGAUGCGCAAGUGAAAGCUCAUGUAUUGCGAGUUGGCACGACACUCUCAUUCAAGGGUGGUCGACCAAGCAUCAAGAUUGGCAGUUGGACUGGAAGUGACCCUGGCGCACCGAAAUUGAUAGACUCUCGUGGGGUUACGAGAGGCGCCUAUCGCGGCUGGGGCGAUGUUUAUACAUGGAAUGUUCCCGCGAGCGCCUUCAAGACUGGUUCCAAUACUCUUACUGUCGGUGUCUUCGGGAGCGGAGAUGCGAGUUGGUUGAGCGCCAAUUACAUUGUAGAUGCUAUAGAGCUGCAGGAUUGAUACCACCAAGGGUUGCUUCAAGGUAUUAAGCACGUUCAAUCUUCUCAUAAGGGGCCUGCCGCACAUUUAUGCCUGGAUGUAGAAGCCAUCACAAGAAAUCACUUCAAAUGAACAGAAAUCUCG